AUGGAUAAUGUUGCAGCUCUCACUCUUCUCACUCCUCUGUCUCACUGGCAGCGCCAAGGCAGUAGGAGCAUCCCCUAUAACAUCUCAUGGUAUGACCCAAGGACUGGGAGAGAGCUGACCAGGGAGACAAGAAAGACUCUGCCGCGGGGAAAGACACUGUGGAUUUUUAACAUCGCGAUGGAGGAUGCUGGAAACUAUGAGUGUGUUGUGAGACUACCCUCCCAGUGCUAUAAGAAACCGGCCUUACUGAUUGUGAACCACACCAACCCAGAAGAAUGCGGUCGACCAGAAAAGGCCGACCAGGUCCUGACCAACAAAGCCACCGGUUUUCUGAACUGCCCAUUGAGUGACCAUAUCAGGGAAGUGGACAAUUACUCCAUUCAGUGGUACAAGGGCUGUGAACCCAUUGUGAAAGAUGACCCAUUGUGGAACAGGUUUAGCUAUGUCAAUAACAGUGUUACGGAGUUACUCCGAGUAGAAGCGGUCAUUCCUGAGGACCAUGCGUUCUACACCUGCACCAUGACCUUUAACUUGGAAGGGCUCAGCGGCAGGAUCUCAGAGACCAUCAACGGUAUGGUGGACGUGCAGUAUUGCCUGGAGCCCAAAGUGGUUGAACCUGCCAAUGAGAUCAUCAAAGCAGAUCUGGGUUCUUCCUUCAGUAAGAUGUGUCGGGUGUUUGUGCCGAGUGUGGGGAAUAAAUGUUGCACGGAUUUGAAUUGGAAAGCUAGCAAUAACUCCAUUUCCAAAAUUGUCUCAGAGUGCAUCUUUCAGGAAUCACAAAGGAGGAUGUUCCCGCUUCUCUACACAAACACAGACUCUGAUGGGAAGUUGUAUGAUGCGUACGUGGCAUACCCCCGUCUGUUUGGGGAUGGGGGCGGAGCCUGUGGGGAGGCAGAGAUGUUUGCCCUCCACAUGUUGCCCCAGGUUCUGGAGGGGAGGUGUGGCUACAGGCUGUUCAUACUGGGCCGGGACAGCCUACCAGGGGAAGCCAUAGUAGAUGCAGUGGAGGAGAGCAUGCUGGCAAGCCGGCGUCUCCUCCUGGUCUACUCUGGCUCUACGUUCUGCAGUGGAAGCCACAGUGACAGCAGCAGUGGUGUCCUGGAGGCCUGGCAGAGCUUCGAGAGGCAGACGGCCAUGCACCGUGCCCUGUUGGAGGGCUCCCUUAAGGUGGUCCUUGUGGAGCUGGAGGAGGUCUCCCCCACACAGCUGACCCUCUUCCCCGAGUCGGUGCGCCACCUCCGGGAGCGCCAGGGCGCCGUCUGCUGGUGGAAGAGUAGCAGAGGGUUGAGGUGUGGGAGGUGGGGAGAAGAGGAGAAGAGGAGGAUGGAGGAGAAGAGAGGGGAGCUGGCUUCGUCCCCUCUCUCCUCACCCUCUCUUUCCUUGUCCUCACGCUUCUGGAAGGAACUGAGGUAUUAUAUGCCAGUGAGGGGCACGAGGACGAGGUGACCAGAGAAGAACAGCCUGAUGAAGUUGUGAUGGGAUGGAUGGGCUUUGGAGAGGACAGUGUUAGACAUAACGAGGAAAUCUGUUGAAUGAAAGGACUUCUGGUACCUGACUCUCUCAACACAUUUUCAUGAAAAAUUAUUGAAUCCAGUUAUUUAUGUGUGACUGAUACCGGUGUGGAACAGCUGGUCACUCUUAAAGGAUUCUGAAUGAUUACCUUGCCAAUAGGAUGAUUGAAUAUUAUUGUCUUGCAGACAAUUAUUUUUUUGUGAGUUUCCUCCUAAUAAAGGAUGUGGUA